GCAAAAGGACCAUAAUUUCUGGCAUGCGAGGGUGGUCAGGGUGAUGCUGUUCCAGAGGUGGGUCGGGCUUACAUUUAGGGUUGGAUCUUUCUGUUUGCUGCCUCGGGGAAGCGCAGGGCCGCCCCUCUUUGAAAUCGAGAAGGCGACACACGUGUGUUUCUGCGGGAGUCGCUCUCGCAACAGCAGCAGCUACGGAACAGCAGUCAUGGCAGAGGAAGCAAAGAAGCUCGCAGCGUAUGCUGCCGUGGACAACCACAUACAGAACAACCAGGUCGUUGGGAUUGGUAGUGGCUCCACAAUUGUCUAUGCUGUUGACAGGCUGGCUGAGCGAGUGCGGCAGGAAAAGCUGAACAUCGUGUGUGUUCCUACGUCCUUCCAGGCUCGUCAGUUGAUUCUGAAACACAGCUUAACGCUCUCAGAUCUGGACAGGCAUCCAGAGCUUGAUGUGGCCAUUGACGGUGCUGAUGAGGUGGAUGCAGCGCUCACACUCAUAAAGGGAGGAGGAGGUUGCCUGACACAGGAGAAGAUAGUGGCCGGAUGUGCUAAACACUUCAUUGUCAUCGCUGACUUCAGGAAGGACUCCAAGUUGUUGGGUCAGCAGUGGAAGAAGGGGGUUCCCAUCGAGGUCAUUCCCAUGGCAUACAUUCCCAUCUCCAGAACCAUCGCCAAGAGGUUUGGAGGAGAGGCCGUCCUGAGGAUGGCAGUCAGUAAAGCGGGUCCUGUAGUGACUGACAACAGUAACUUCAUCCUGGAUUGGAAGUUUGAGCAUAGCCAGAAUUGGAAGGAAGUCAACACGGCCAUCAAAAUGAUCCCAGGUGUGGUAGAGACCGGGCUGUUUGUGGGCAUGGCAGAGAAGGCUUACUUUGGCAUGGAGGACGGCAGUGUCAAGGUCCGAGACCCGCCAAUCAUCUAAGACCCAACGCCACUUACCUACAGUACCUAUCUACCCAGCACUUAAACUCAGAGAUCUACAGCCUGCCACCUCAAGUGCCCAUGAAGAAGAUAUGACACACACACACACACACACACACACCAAGCAGCAGUCACAUCAAGCCAUACCUCUUGAAUUGACCUUUGACCUUCUCCGUAAGCUACAACAAAUAAUUUUUCUACUCAUGUAGUCAGGAAGGUUUACACGCCUCCUCUGGUGAAGUCCGGGUGUAACACCUCAGAUGGAACGUGACCGUGAGGGUUUGGGCAGAGGAAAUGUAUUCUACAAAGCAAGAGGUGCUAAAUUAUUUAGUAAACUACAACCCUAGCGAGUAGCGACACCUUUUACCCAGCUCUGUGUGUGGUGUUCUUGGGUGUUGUUGAAGGAUGACUUGCCAAAAGCUACCUGGCAAACAAGCUAUGUUGAAUACUACACUGCCCAUGCCUGCCACUGGUGUCACUAAACUGCCUAGUAGGGCUGCACGAUAUCAGAAAAAAAAUUUGAUACUCAAUAACAGCAUGCAAUACCUCCAUAGCGAUAUUUAGAAAUGUAGCCGUAUGUUUUUCUUGACACCAGUUUUUCGGUCUGUGUGGAGGGUGCGGCUUUGGUUGUGGCGGCCUUCUUGUGUAUUUGUUGACAUUCAGCUAGUGAUUGGACAGCACAGAAUUUUUUAAAAUUGUUAACGAUAAGUCAUUUUUGCGAUACAAAUAUCGCCAUUCUUGAUAUUGCGAUAUCUAUACAUUUUUGAUAUAUUGUGCAGCCCUACUGCCUAGGUAUAGCUAAACUGCAGUUUAUACCUCUGCUUGUACCUCCUAACAGACAGGUGCUAAAUUGUGGGAGAGAGGGAGUGAGGUGCUCUGUGUCUUCUGUCUCUCUUCAAUUUCUAGUUCUCUCGGUUUGAUUGAGGGCAAGAUCAUUUCGUUUGGUUUGGUUGGGGUGGGUAAAUGAACAAUCUUUCUCCUCUCACUGAUUGAGAGGUGUAUUACUAUCAGGCUUAAUGUGUUGGAUCAUGGGGCGUCCUGUCAGAACUGAUUUGACCGUUGACCCGUACCUGCAUGAUUUAUGUGCCCCCCCACUCUCUCUCCAAAUCACGCACACGUAUAAGUCAUAAAUAUGUCACCCACCUGUAUCAAUAAUGGAUGAAAAUGUCACUUCAUUCGUUUCCACUGUGCCUUGUGUUUUUUUGUUUCCAUGACUGUAAUCUGCAUGGACCCUACUUAGUAAUAAUGUGGUUAUCCAAGGCCUAUGUUGUGCCUCUCUCAUCUGUACUGUGUAUAUAGUACUUUUUACUCACUAGAUGAUUAAAAUGAUGUUCUUCAGUUCAGAUGAUCAAGGACUUGUGAGCACAGGAGGUUGCAUUUGCCCAUUGAUUGGAUAGAUUGCAUAUGGGAUCAGCCAAUCACAUGGUGUUGCAAUCGCCUGAUAAGAUCACAAUGUUUGAGGCGGGAGAGCAUUAGAUAAAACCUGAAGUGCCAAAGUGGGGCUUCCUGAAAACACUGCUGGACAAAUAGGACUGAAUAGGCAAAGGUCUUGAGGCACUCGGCAUCACUCAUGAGCUUAUUGGAUACUAACAGUUAACAUUUGUACCUUGUCUGUAAUGGUCAAAAUUUAGACUCAAUAAUCCUAAUAUCCGCAACCUUCUCUUCCAUGUCGGAAUAUAUUAAAAUGUUCAAAUGUAAAUUAAGAUUAGGGUUGGGAUUAUUUUUUGGGUUGCGGUAAGUGACUUAAAUAACAUCAGCCAUCACAAAGACCUUAGAUCCUGAAGUGACUUCUCUCUGGGAGAAAAGCUGUGUUUUCAGGGAGCCUGUGACGAGACGACCGGUCUUGCAUGAUCAGUGGUGGAUGGCCUGAGCCGGUCUGCUUCAGUGACUUUGGCCUUUUCCCACUAAAUGCACCUGCUUUUUUUUGUGAGUUUGUCAUUUCAACAAACCAAAGGUCAGUGCAUGCCGUUGCAGUCUAUGGAGGGAGUGGAGAAUUGUGGUCCUCUGAUCGCUUUAAAAUGAUUUUUUCAAAUGUUUCUAUCCUUCAGAUGACUUGUUGACUUAAAAAAAACAAACACUCACAGCUUCAUUCAGUUAAGUUGUGUCAUCUUCAUUACAGUUGAUACUAUUUUUUUUAAUUAUUGUAUCUAGAUGGGGGGGGGGGUGUUAGAAUGUUUUCCUACUGAUUUACAAAUGUUUUUGUUUAGUUUGAUUUAAAUAAUUGCAUUGUUGUUGUUUUUUUUUGUUCCAUUUAUUUUGUGUACAAUGACAAUGUGCCUGGUGCCAAUGGCCAACAUGGCCUGAAGUAGACUCAAAUGACUCAAACUGGCCUUAUUUCAUGUCUGUCUUUUGUUUUCUCCUCUGCAGUUGGUCCGUAGAGACAUUUCAAUCUGCUCAAUAUUGUCAUACAUUCUGGUGUUUUUGUUGUUGUCAUUGUAGAAAGUGAGACUGAGCACCUCUGUAAAUGAACAUCUGUAUAGAGUGUACCCAUGUUCCCCAGUGUCUCUGUUGUGGAUAUUGGGAAAUGUUGCCUGUACCAGCACUACUGUGAAAUGUGGAAGCAGGGAAACGGGUGAUUUGUAUUAUUAUAUUGAGUUGCAAUCUUAAACAGGACCAAUCAAAAACGGAA